CCGCCAUUUUGAUUUCCAAAUCUGACAGAUAUUUUGUUGGCUGCCUUGCUUUAAGUAUAAUUUGAACAUUGUCAACUCAGCCGCUCCGCAGACCACCCACCGUGUCACGGCAGCGUAAAUGACAUUUACAACCGGGGGAAGGGGUUAGUAGUAUCUUGAAGCUAACAACGCAGACAUGGGCCUCUGGGUGACCUGACAGACAAAGUCGCAGAGUUUGCUGUUAAGCUUUGCAGGUGGCCGAGUGCAAUGAUGAUGGACAAAAGGUUGCAGCCAGUCUAUCCAGGAUUAGUGUGUCUGGUGUUUGUAUCUACAUUGAGGGAAUUCGCUGAUACCGACUGAAGUCCACACCAACAUAUUUUAACAAAGCAAUGGCUGUUUAGCAAGAUCUGGCUUUGGGUCCUUGUCCUAAUCUAAGUGUGUGUGCCUGUGACGGCAGCCAUGUUCUGGAAAUUUGACUUACACACAUCCUCUCACCUGGAGGCUUUACUGGACAAGGAGGAUGUCACACUCAUUGAGCUCAUGGAAGAGGAAGAUGUGCUGCAGGAGUGCAAGGCCCAAAACAGGAGACUUCUCCUCUUCUUGUGCCAGGACCAAUGCAUGCAGGAGCUGGUCCGCAUGAUUACCACAGAGCCCCCUGCUGGUGUAGAGGAGAUGAGGCGCUUCAAGUAUUCAAAUAUAGCAUGUGAGCUGCUGACAUGUGACGUGGGAGUGAUCAAUGAUAAGAUGGGUAAUGAGGAGCCUCUGCUGGAAACUCUGUAUGCCUUCCUGGAGCAGCCGUCCCCACUUAACCCCCUUCUGGCAUCUUUCUUCAGCAAGACCAUUGGGAACCUCAUCACACGGAAGACUGAGCAGGUGAUUCAUUUCCUGCGGCGGAAGGAGGGAUUCCUCUCCAUGGUCUUGAAGCAUAUUGAUACAUCAGCCAUGAUGGAUGUGCUCCUGAGACUCAUCAGCUGUGUGGAGCCUCCUCCACUUCGACUCGAGACACUUACUUGGCUGAAUGACGAGAAGCUGGCCCAGAGACUCAUAGAGCUCAUUCACCCUGAAAGGGACGAAGAGAGGCAGUCCAAUGCAUCACAGACUUUGUGUGACAUCAUUCGCCUGAGCAGGGACCAGGCCAAUCAGCUCCAAGAGAUUUCACAGCCUGAUCCUUUGCUUACAGUGCUGGAGUCGCAGGAGUCUGUGGAGCAGUUGUUACAGAACAUGUUCUCAGGAGAGCGUACCGAGAGCUGUAUCGUCAACGGGAUUCAAGUUCUUCUUACAUUACUGGAAAUCAGGAGGCCAGUGGUGGAUGGUGUAAUGGAUGCUCAGGGAUUUGAAAGGAGUUACACCGUUAACAGCAGCAUUUUGUUGGCCAUCCAACCACACCUGAAACACUUCCACCAACUACUUCUGGAGCCACCCAAGCGAAAUCCCAUGCUGACUUCUCUGGGUGUGCUGACGGAACCCUUAGGGAACACACGUCUCCAUGUAGCCCGGCUGGUGGCUUCUCUGCUCUACACAAGCUCUGCCAGCCAUGCUGUCGUGGCACAAGAACUAUGCUGUCUUAACACGAUGGACCUGCUACUGGACUUGUUCUUCAAGUACACAUGGAACAACUUUCUGCAUCUCCAAGUGGAGCUCUGUGUUGCUGCAAUCCUCCGGCCCUGCGCCCAUGAAAUGAGGCUUCAGCCUGGCUUGGGAUCCCAGAAAGAAUUCAACCCUAAUCCAGAUGACUCACGUGAUCAGGCUGUGCCUGAAACCACCUCGGAACCUUCAAUCACCCCUGACAACACUGCACAUAAUCUAAUGGUGACACAUUUGUUUCAGCACUGCCACCUUGUCCAGAGGAUUCUGGAGGCUUGGGAAGAGAAUGAUAAAUUACAGUCUGAAGGUGGAAUGAGAAGAGGGUACAUGGGACAUCUGACCAGGAUUGCCAACACAGUAGUCCAUAAUCUGGAGAAGGGCCCCGUUCACACUCAGAUUAGUAGCCUCAUCACAGAGCUCCCAGAAGACUACAGAGGGCGCUGGGAAACCUUUGUGGAUCAGACCCUGUCAGAGGCCAAUAGGAGGAACACUAUAGACCUGGUUGGUACUGGAAACCCACGCCCUUCUUCAGAGGAUGAUAUGGAGAGCCCAUUCCCUAAAGAACUGACAUUACAGCAGGCUUUUUCAGACUACCAGAUUCAGCAGAUGACAGCUAACUUUGUUGAUCAGUUUGGCUUCAAUGAUGAGGAGUUUACUGAUCAUGAUGACAGCAUUGGAGCAACAUUUGAUCGCAUUGCGGAGAUCAAUAUCAACAUUGAUGCGGGCCAGGAAAGUUCUAACACAGCUGUGUUUGAGGCCUGUUCCAAGGAGAGGAUUCAGCCGUUUGACGAUGACGAAGAGGACAUUUGGGAGGAGAAAGAGAUCAACUUUUCGACACAAACCAAGUCUCGUAACAGGUUCGGCGGGUCACAGGUGUCGCAGAGCUCAGUGACCAGUACAGCGUGUGAUAGGACAACAGCUCCUUCCACCGAGGCCUCUGGCAGAGCACCAGACUCAGACUCUGAGGAGGAAGAGAAAACUGAAGAUGUCCUGGAUCCUUUCUCAAGCUUACCCCAGACUGAUACGACAAAGAACACUGGCUGGAUAGCAGACUUUGGAGAGGUGAACUCCCAGGCACCUGCAGCAGGGACGGGAUUUUCAGCCUGGGACGCUCCAGAGCCCCAACAAGCUGCCACAGAGGCCGAGGAGAAAGGAUGGGCCAAGUUCACUGACUUCCAGCCUUUCUGUUGCUCUGAAACGGGCCCUAGAUGCAGCUCUCCCGUGGACUCGGAGCUCAGCGGAUCAGACAACACCAAACCAAACCAAAACCCGUGUGUGUGGAGUGUGUGUGUGGCAAGAAAAGCGCCACUGGUGGCGUCCGACUCGUCCUCAUCCAGCAGCUCAGACAGCGAUGAGGAGGGAGGCAAGACGGUGUCCACGACCAGUGAGACCAUCACCACGGGGAGUGGCAAGGAGACCAUUCGGCUCACUGUGGAUGCUAAAAAUGAGAGGGCAGUCUUCAGCAGAGUUUUCAGACCAGCAGUAAGACGCGAUGCGGAUAAGGUGCCAGCAGAGGGACUCUCCAUCAAAGAGAAAGAAAAAGAAAGCGAGAAAAGAAAGAAACAUGGAGACGGUCCCGGCCCAACCACCGCCAGUCCAGCUACCCAGUCAGCUGCUGUCACACAGUAAGUAGAGACGCAGCCCUCUGCUAAUGGACCGGCCUAACGCAGCAGCACUGACACACACACACACACACACACACACACACACACACACAUAUACACACGCUUCAUAAUCUUCAUUCAACACACAACCAUGCAACUUUGGCUUCCUGUUAGCAGCUCUUCAAAACCCCUCUCGUCCUAAGAAGAAAAGGAGAUCCUCACUUGACUGUAUGUACACUGGAUAACACACAUCUACACAUGGGUAACCCCGAUCCCUUCUGCACCUUCAUGGCAUAGUUGCACCUGAAUCGUUUCAAAGAGGAAUGUGUGUUUUUAGAAAAAAACAUUAUAGUGCCCAAAGCCAAAUUCUGUUACACAGAUAUAUAUAUGAACUAUGAAAAUGGUUUUCCAUUGAAUUUUGUGGAAACAUUCGAUCUCUUGUAACGAGCAGAGGCUACACUCAGAGUGUGCCAGCUGGGGCAUUUGAACACUAAGAAAACAACAAAUAUUCCAUUUAAUUCAGCAUUGUUUGUGCAUGAUAAACACUCUCUGAACAUUAAAUCAUAGCCCAGAGAUUUUUUCUAUCAGAGCUUUUGACUGUUUACACUUAAGUAAAAGACUGUAUUCAAAUAAUCAGCCACGAUUACAAAGCCAAAAUGCAAAGCUAGCUACCAUUUUCACUUCAGCAUUUUAAUGUACAUGCCGGGCAAAGUUUUAAUCAGUGCAGUUAAUGUGCAAGUGAUAACACAUUUGGCUUAAUUCAUGUGCAAACUUGAUCAUUUCUUAAUCAAAGUAAGGUCUCUCUGCCUUGAUCAUGUAGAGCAUUAAGGCUUUUUUUCAUGUGUCUCUUCCUCCUCAAACCUCUAAUGUUGCUUAAAGUUGUGCGUGUGGCGUGUGUGUGUGUGUGGUGUGCGUGCGUGUCUGUGUGUGCGCGUGUGUGUGUGUGAUAUAUGUCAGUGAUUCAGAGGGCAUUCUCAGGUGAAAUGAGAGGUAUGCGGAUACAAAGAAAGCACACCUGUGUAACACACACAAACACACAAACAAUCAUAUACAUGUGUACACAACCAAAUCUUAAAUCUAUAAACACGUGCAAAAAACAAAAAGCAUCCAGAGGACAAAGUGAUGUACACAUCUUAUUUCAUAUCACCCUUCAAUGUAAUAUUGUGGAAUUUGAACCUGUAUUAGGUUGUGGCUAUUAUUGGUAAUAUGUAAGCGUAAUAUAAAUGUAAACAGUAUAUAUAUACACAUUAUAUCUAUUUUUGGAAUAAAUCCAAUGUAUGGAAGGGCGGUUCUUUUGCAGGUUGCAACGUGUAUAAUGUACGGUAUGUGUGUUGUACUGUUGAAAUGAGGCAAUAAUGAUGUCUGUGUUUCGGUUAAUACCCCAGCAUCAGUUCCUGUCCUCUGCUACUUACUUUCUACAUGGAGGUUUGGGAGUGUGAGUCUGUAGUGUGUCCUCCAUGUUAUUUACUUUUUAUUAACUUGGGUCUGUUAGCUAGUCGUAUGAGAAGAGAACGGUCAUCACAAUGCAGACUGAAAUACUGUAUCAGCUUUCUUUCAUAUCAUUUGUUUGCACAUUUUCUUCAUAAUUACAAAAUUGAUUGGCAGAGAAAAUGAAGGCCUCUCUUUGUUAAUCAGUUGUUUCUUCUUUUAAUAACGUUAUCUAAAUCCAGCCUCUCAAUUGUGAGGAUUUUCAGCUUUUCUUUGUCUAAUACGUGCUCUAAAAACUGAAUGUCGUGGUCAGAUAAACAACUAUUUUAAUCACUUUGGGCUGCAAGAAAUUGCAAUGCAUUGUUUUUCUCAUAGGACAUAUUAGUUUAUAGACCAUAUAACCACAUGGUGAGAGCAAUCUAAUCAAAACCCAUGGUUAAACACCAACAUCAACAAGACCAGGCUUGAUAUAAA